AUGGACGACGACCCUGCCAUCUCCGAGCCGGGAAGCAGCAAGAAUGGGCACGUUCGGCGGGUGGAACGUGCGAAGCCGGGCGAGCGGGCUCGGGGCCUCGAGAUCGACGAGACGCGGGACGUGACGGUGACGGAGCACGAGCUCGGCUUCUGGCAGGCCGUCCGCAUGUACCCCCAGGCCACCUUCUGGUCCUUCUUCUUCUGCAUCGCCGUCGUCAUGGCCGGCUUCGACGCCCAGAUCAUCACCUCCUUCUACGCCCUCCCGGCCUUCCAGAGGAGGUACGGCGACCGCGUCGGCGACCGCUACGAAAUCCCCGCCCGCUUCCAGAUGGCCCUCGGCAUGGGCAACCCCAUCGGCCAGGUCGUCGGCGCCCUCGCCAGCGGCUACCCGCUGCAGCUGCUCGGCCGCCGCCUCACCCUCGCCCUCUGCUGCCUCUGGUCCAUCGCCUUCGUCUUCGUCCAGUUCUUCGCCAACUCCAUCGGCAUGCUCGUCGCCGGCGAGAUCCUCGGAGGCCUCGCCUACGGCUUCUACGUCGUCAUCGCCCCGACCUACUCGUCCGAGAUUUGUCCCGUCAUCCUCCGCGGCGUCCUCACCGCCUCCGUCAACCUCGCCUUCGUCGUCGGCCAGUUCGUCGCCCAAGCGUGCGCCGCCGGCGUCGAGAGCCGGUUGGACGAGUGGGCCUACCGAGUCCCCUUUGCCGUCCAAUGGGUCUGGCCCGUCGUGCUCCUCGCCGCCCUGCCCUUCGCCCCCGAGAGCCCGUAUUGGCUCGUCCGCCGCGGCCAGAGGGACGAGGCCCGCAACUCUCUCCUUCAGCUCACCUCGAGCACGCACCGUCCCGACAUCGACGACGUUUUGCUUGCCAUCGAGCAGACGGAUCUUCUCGAGAGAGAAUACGAAACCUCGACGUCGUAUCGCGAAUGCUUCAAGGGCGUCAGCCUCGUCCGGACCGAGAUCUCCGUCAUGGUCUAUCUGAUCCAGGUCAUCGGCGGCAACCCCCUCAUCGGCUACGCCAACUACUUUUUCGAGCAGGCCGGCCUGAGCUCGUCCGAGGCGUUCAACAUGGGCGUCGGCAACACGGCCUUGGGCUUUGUCGGGACGCUCAUAUCCUGGCCGCUGAUGAACUAUUUCAAGUUUGGCCGCCGAUCGAUAUACAAUACGGGCAUGGUCAUCAUGACCAUCUUGCUCUUCGUCAUCGGUUUCCUUGCCAUCCCUACGGACAACACCGCGGCCGUAUGGGCGCUGGCCUCUCUCAUGGACUUUUGGACAUUCAUAUAUCAGAUGACCGUCGGCCCCAUCUGCUUCGUCAUCAUCUCCGAAAUAUCGGCCACCCGCCUACGGGAGAAGACGAUUGCCAUCGCCACUGCCGUCCAGGCGGCCGCUACUGUCGUCUUCACCGUCGCCAUGCCCUACAUGCUGAACACCGAGGAGGCGAACUGGGGGGGCAAGGCCGGUUUCUUGUUUGGCGCCAUCAGCCUGCUGUGCCUCGUCUGGUGUUAUUAUCGACUUCCCGAGAGCCACGGCAGGACAUACGAGGAGCUUGACAUUCUCUUCCAGCGACGUAUCCCGGCGAGGCAGUUCAAAAAUUACGACCUACUCGCCGAGGCCGAUGUCACCGAUACGUCCGACGACGAAGCAUGA